AAUGAAUUUUAACUGAUGGGUGGAGAACUGCUGGGUAACAAAAUAGUCUUUAAGUGCGUACCUGUAGAAAUAGGCCACCAUGUUUUUAUACUGUGGGCCGCCCCUGUUCCAUCAUUCUCGAAAUCUCUGAUUUUGGCUUUGUUGGUCUCUUUGACAAUGGGCAUUUUAUGCCACAUAGAUGGAAUUAGGAAAGUGGUGGUAAGAAAUUUGAGGCAAAAAUGGGCCUGGGAAUGUAGAAGAAAUUCAUAUGAUGAUUUUCUAAAAUUGUGCUACCUAGAGGGUGUUGGCGGACCAAUACUAUUGUCCCUUCUUGAAAACCUUUUAGAAAUGCAGAAUCAUGGGCCCCAUCCUAGACCUACUGAUUCAAAACCUGCAUAUGAGCAAGAUCCCCAGAUUAUUUAGGUCCACACUGAAGUUUGCAAAGCGUUAUUCUGAGAUUCCAUUGGUUGAGUGUUAUUUCCAAAAAUCAGUGCCAAAUGCUGUCUAAUGAUCACUAUUCGUAGCCCUUAUGCAUUUAUAUGUUAAUAUACACACUGCUUCUACCUUACCAACAUUUGAGCCAAUUAAAAAUUGACUAAGUAAAAAAUACCAAUAGGGGAGAAUAAUGUAGAGAAUAAACAGUGGUUUAAAAAAAAAGACAAAAUAAAUGCAGGGAUAACUCUGAGGCAUGUCACAGGCCCUGUGUGGUUGUAGAAAUGGGCUGCAAGUUGGCUCUGAGGCCCUUGGCAAGAAAACGGCACUAAAGCAUGCGAUCAGAUAAAGCCUGUCAACCCAGAAGGGCCUUGUGUGGGAAGGGAGUCCCCUCUCACCCUUUGGUGAACACCACGCCUCAUUAGACUGAGCCACUUCUCACCACUUCCUCCUGCCCUGGGGUAUGAAGACUGCUGCAGGGUGAGAAAAGCCUGGUGGUUCUUACAGCAGAUUGUGGCACCCAGCUGAGGUCUGGCAUGAUCCACAGAUCAAAUUUAGACUCUGAGGAAUGACAUUGAUCGCCUAGUUUCAGGUCAGACCGCUAAGUAAAAGUAUCAUCUUUUCGAAAUCCGUGAAAGUCAAACAUCAUUUUAAGCAAAAGAAGCCUGACACAGUAAAGUAGACUGUAUGCUUCUUUGUGCAUAAAGUGCACACCCAGUCAAGGCAAAUCUGUGGUGUUGGUCAGCAUAGACGUUUCCCCUUGGGGCUUAGGUGUGACUGGAAAAGAGCUGAAUAGGGCUUCUGAAUGCUGGAAGUGUUCCAUUUCUUGACCCGAGUGCUUGAUCUUGGUUUGUGGAUAUUAUUUCAUCAAGCUGUGAUGUGUAAACUUUUCUGCACAUAUGUUAUAAUUCACUUUCAUAAAAAUGUUAAUGGUGGAUAACAUUGUAUGUCAACUAUAAUUUAAAAAAAAAAAUCAAUGGUGGGAAUCAAAUCCAGUUUUAGAGUGAUCCAUAUGAGUACCAACCCACUUUCCAGGAGCCAACCUAUAUGGCCCCUCCCAUCCAGCUCUAGCCAGUCCUGUCUCCUGCCUUUGGAAACUACUGGUUAGAACUAGGGGCCUGACCUAUGAGCCUUGGACAAGGUACCCCACCCAGCACAUCGCAGAUUCCUCACUUGUAGACAUAAUAAUGUGUGCUUGACAAGGGUUAUGAGGAUUAAAAGCCAUAGUGAGUAUAAAAUGUCUAGGAUUGUACCUGGCAUGCAGAAAGAAAGCACAGAAUGAAAGAUAGUGGUAAAUUUGUGGACCUAAAACUGCUCUUAAAAAUAAAGUUUAUUAAUUAAAAAAAAAAAAAAAAGAUAGUGGUAGUUACGAUUUCCUUCUGCCCUGUACCAGUUGAUUUCCAGUUGACCAGUUUUCUUCCUUCCUAGUUCCUGAAGGGACGUAGUGGCCCACUUACAAAUAUACAAACAACAUUGCCAAGAAAACCUGUUAAAAAUAAGAAAAAAAUAGCCAAAAGUGGUACGCAUCAUGAGGACGUAGCUUGCAAGAGGUGGGCCAUGAAUUAGACUCUGGGCUUUGCAGCAGCCGCUCAUACCAUUUUAUUUGUUCCGCCAAAGCCCCCUGAUUUCUAGUGCUAAAAACACAAAGUCCUUCCAGGGUCCUCAUAAAGAAGCCACUGAAUUCUAGUGACUGCAUCCUCACAACGCCUGUGAUAUGGGUGGAGGUGUGGGGCCCAGAGCAUUACCCAAGGAGCAAAGAGGGGGAGACAGUUUGGGUCAGCAAAGGUAUCAUCCUGCUCCCUGCCACGUUCGGGGGAUUUGAGAGUAUCCAAGGAAAUGACUGGGAGAUCAGAUGUUGCAGGCAAGCCUCUCUCUUUCUUGGAGAGAACUUUUGAUAAACAUAAAAUGUUUAUCAGAAAUGAGGGUGAGAAUGUUCUCCCUGACAAGUGUCUGUUGAUUGCACCUCUUCUGUUUUGUCACUUGGCAGCCACACUGGGCGUGGGGCAGAUGUUGUUUGUGGAUAUUGAAGAGCCUUCCAUAAUAGCAGAAGUAGAAGUAAUAGCAGACAUAGUAUUUAUGGACUUUAUGUCAUUCAUAGCAACCCUGAAAGGUAGACACUUCUGUUGUCCGCUUGUACAGGUGAGCAAACUGAGGUCGAAUAACUUGCCUGAGAUCACAUGGUUAGUGAGAGGAGAGCUGUCCCACCUUCCCUGGAAGUUGAGGCCUGAGGGCAGGGCUAUUGUUCUGCUCAGAAAGUCUAACACACAGGUUGUGGUGCCUCCCGGCAUGACAGAUUCCUCUUUUCAAGUGACGUCUCAAAAUGUUGGACAACUUACUGCUUAUCUGCACGGAAACCAUUCCAACCAGACCGGCCCGAGGAUCCGCUUCUUGGUCGUCCACAGCAAUAUCGUUAGCAUCAUAAACCAGGUGAUUGGCUGGAUUUACUUUGUGGCCUGGUCCAUUUCCUUCUACCCUCAGGUGAUCACCAACUGGAGGCGGAAAAGUGUCAUUGGUCUAAGCUUUGAUUUCGUGGCGCUGAACCUGACAGGCUUCGUGGCCUACAGUGUGUUCAACAUUGGCCUCUUCUGGGUGCCCUACAUCAAGGAGCAGUUUUUCCUCAAGUACCCCAAUGGAGUGAACCCCGUGGAUAGUAACGACGUCUUCUUCAGCCUGCACGCAGUCGCCCUCACCCUGGUUAUCAUGGUGCAGUGCUUCCUGUACGAGCGAGGCAGCCAGCACGUGUCCUGGCCUGCCAUCAGCUUCCUGGUGCUCUCGUGGCUCUUUGUGCUCAUCACCAUGAUUUUGGCUGCAGUCGGGGUAACCACGUGGCUGCGGUUUCUCUUCUGCUUCUCCUACAUCAAGCUCGCGGUGACGCUUGUCAAGUAUUUUCCACAGGCCUACAUGAACUUUUACUACAAAAGCACCGAGGGCUGGAGCAUUGGUAACGUGCUUCUGGACUUCACCGGGGGCAGCUUCAGCCUCCUCCAGAUGUUCCUCCAGUCCUACAACAAUGACCAGUGGACACUGAUCUUUGGAGACCCAACCAAGUUUGGACUCGGUGUCUUCUCCAUCUUCUUCGACAUUGUCUUCUUCAUUCAGCACUUCUGCUUAUACAGAAAGAAACCAGGGUAUGACCAACUGAACUAGCACCCAGGGACCCAGCAUAAAUGGCCCAGGCCCUGCACCCGCCAGGAAGGCUGGGGCAGAGUCUGGAGUGCAGGGCUGGCGCCUUGUGCUGACAGUGUUGAAGUGCUCUCUUCCUCAGGGCCAAACGCCUUAUGCGCAAACCGGCCUGCCUUCAGCCAGGACUCUCCCAGGCCGGGCUGGGGAGGAACCUCCCUCUGAGACAGACACCAGAUUCUGCUCUGAUACGGAAAACGACACUGCUGACAGCCCUUCCCAGGCCUUGCCGGCCAGGCAUCUGGCCCUCCUGCAUCUUGAUGCCACCGUCUUUAUUUUCUUUAAGGCUUCAGGCAGCACACACGGGUUCUGACAGCCGUCCCAGGCAGGAUUGGGUGCUGAGCUUGGAGCCGAAGGCCUUGACCUAAACAACCAGUGUUUCUGGGAGCAGCUUGAAGGACUGACCCUGCAGUUGUGAACCAAGGGCGCUUUGCUGCCACUGCCGUGUUCCCAGAGACCAAGCAGCCUGGUGAUGUGGCCAGUGGACUCAGAGGUGCUGGUGCUGGUGGCAGAGGGGAUAGGAUAUUGGGGUCAGGCCUUUGGGGUCCCUUCUCUGAAGGCCACAUUCUCUGAGCACUCACCGUCCUGACACUCCUACGUAAUUCAACUCCCACAACUUAAUCGCAGGUGGCCCAGGCCAGGGUCUGGCAAAGAAACUGUAUUUCUGAGCCUUGAAGUGCCCAACAGAUUUGUUCUGAGCUAGGCUUAUGCCCAAUCCCUCUGGAUCUUUAUCACACUAACCCCUUUUGGAUUUUUUUGAGGGAUGUUUUGGAAGUAAGUAGCUUAAUUUCUUCACCUUCUGCCUACCUCCACUUUCCCAGAGUCCCGGGGCCCCACGAAUCCCCUUCAACUGCUCCUCAUCCUGCAUCUGGAGUAUGGGAUGGACACGCGUGCGCUCACACACACACACACACACACACACACACAAACACACAAACCUGUGCCUUAGAGGCCUGUAAGACCUGCCAAUUGGUGAGUGUAGCUCCCCUACAGGGGAAGACUGGCCCCCUUCCCUCACUUCCCCCAGAUUCCUACCUGAGCCUCACCAAUUUUUUGGCUGUUCAGGAGCCUGAGCCUGACAUACGGACUUGAAACCACCUCACGCAAUCCUCAUGGGCCCAACCUUUAUUCCAAACCCCCUUCUCUUCUAUCCCAGGCAGCUCUCCUUCCUGUGGCAGGAGGGGAGUGUCCCAGGAUGUGCCUUGUCAGUUCAUUCUCAAGACUUUUUUACUAUGAGAUCAAUGUGAGGUGCCUGUAUCCUUAAUUAAAACCUGAUUUGUUUCCUUUCUGCACACUGAGCCUUUGCCAGAUGCAGAAGGCAGGUGUGUUGGCUUCUGAAAUAAUCCUUAGGGCUUAGGGAGACAGCCCUACUCAACCCAUGAAAGGAAACGCCAGGGGUUGCAAAGUACACUGAUCCCGAGGUAGCUGCAUGCCGAUCCUGCACUUCAUCGGGGAGCCCUCGUGGGUAGUGCAAGAUGCCUGCCUGCUCAGGGCCAGGUAGGUCCCACAGGUACCAUGUCUCUCUAUGACACUUAGACUGUGGUUGUGAGCACAGGUUGGGUGGGUUAAGUGUAUACUCUUCAUGUUGGCGGGGGUGGGGGUGGGGUCUUAUCUUCCAGAUUCUUCCUCUAUCCAAAUAUCAAAGAAUUUCAGAUCUUGUUUCCCCAAAAGCAGAGAUUGCAGGCUGACCAAGCCCAUAGACCUGUUUUAUUGGGUGCCACCCUGCAAAAAUAGGAGAUACCAAAUUUCUGGUUUGAAAAUUUGGAAAACUGGAUUUGACACUUGUAGGCAGAUCCAUGAACGACAGUAAUCCCCAGAGCCAGUAGCACAGCAACACUGGGCCAGGCAGAGGCCCCAGUGUUGUCCAGCUUACCUCCAUCUCCUCAGAGGACAGCCUCUGGAAUGUGGAGCUGCACUCCUGCCUGCAGGAAACUCCAUGCUCCCAAGAGUCUUGGCGGGGGGUGGGAGGGGUUCCCAUGAACACCUCGGUUCCCAUGAGUCCCCCCCCCCCCCACCCAGGUGCAGCAACACAUAAGUGACACAUGGGAAGUUCGGAAUUCCCUGCCCCCAGUUCCAGUGAAGGUGCUUCCAGACGUUCCCACAGAGGCAGCCCUGACCAGACAGCAACAGGCAGGCCUGGGAAUAGCUGGGCUUCAUCUCAGAAGUGGAUGGGGACCAGGCUAAGCCACCCUGACGACCAGAGCUCUAGUUGCCAUCCAUCCCCAGAUGUCCCUACCCCACGCCUCAGCAAAAACCCCUUAUGAAUUCCAGCACUUUAUUUGGGCACAAGAUGUCAGGUAUGGGCAGCUUCAUACUGCCCCAUUUCCACAGGAACCAGAGCAAUGCUUGUUCCCAGAUGUGAAUUAGUAAGCUAAAUUCAGAAGUAGAAUUGGCACCUCCAAACAGUAAGAUAAAAAUGCUUUUGUAUCAAAGUUGUGAUUAAAAAAAUAUAAA